UUGUAGACCAAGAACAUGAUGAUUAUGAUAGAGAAGAUAUUACUGAACAAGUUGAAAACGGCAUAUUCAAUACUACUGAUCAUAGUAUCCAGUAUCCAUUUCAAAAAGACAGAACAAUUAAUAAAAGAUCAAUCUUAAAUGUCAAUUUGCCAGGUGGUGUGAACAAAAUGCCAGAUGGAAGUCUUCUUAUAUACACUUGGAAUGCGUCAAAAGUAACUGGACAGUAUUUUUGUAUUGCUAAAAAUUCUAUUGGUCAUAUUAUAACAUCAGUGGAAUUAAAACAAGAUCUAACAAUGCAGCUAUACGAUAGAUUUUUUAAUAACAUUAUGUUACAUGUCAAACCCUUAAUAUACUCUGCAAUAUUAUCUUGGAAUAAAAUGAAACAACCCACUACAUUGCAUUCGGAUACUACUUUUGAUACCAUCGGCAAACAAUGUUAUUAUGUAACAUAUCAUUCACCGGUUCGGUCAGGGGAUGAAUGGAUCACAACUGUUGUACAACCAGAAUACACUAGUCGAAUACGGUUAAAUGGACUUAUUCCAGAUGAACUAUAUGCUUUCCGAAUAAGUCAUUGGUGUACACCAUUGAAUCAAAAUCACUCGAGUAGUUCUACAGUACUAAUUAGAACUGGAUUACCAUUGGAUCAAAAUGUUGAAUUAAUUUUAACAAAUAACAGUACCCAUUAUUUACAGUUUGAACACGAUACAGACUCAUCUAAACCUCCGUCUCCACAAUCAUUAAAACUACAAAUAACUCAAACUGAACAGUAUAAUAGCAUUCUAACAUGGAAAGUUCAAGAGAAUCCACAAACUUCAUCACUUCAUUUAAAUGUUCAUCAGAAAUACAAUGAAUUGUCGGAGCGAAUUUCAUAUUUUCAGGUAGAAUUCAUUGUCUGCACAAGUUCCAAAACACAUCUAUUUGGAAUUAGUAAUUGUACUGAUGGUAAAAAUUAUAUAUAUCGGUGGAAGUCCUUAGCACCAGUACGUUAUCCCAAAUUAACUCUUGAAUUAAAUCAUGAUAAUGAAAUGUUUUUAUUGGAAAAUAACGACAGAAAUGAAGAUUUAACAGUUGACAGUGAUGCAUUCAGAACAGUUGUUGAAUACAAUGAAUUAAACUCAUUUUUAACUAAUUUAUACUACAAUUCUUUGGUAUAUGAAUUAAGGUUUCGGGUAAAAUCUUUCGGUGUAAUGUCAAUGAGUGAGCCGUCCAACGAGUUAAUCAUUAAACACCCUUUACUACCAUCAAUUUUAAAUGCACUAAAUCAAACUCUUUAUUAUGAACGUUAUCUUAUAUAUAAAGCAAUUCAACAGAUACAUCAAAAAAUCAAGUAAUGGAUAUGCAAAAUAAAAAUUUAGAAAAUAUGUGGAAUACUGAUGAUGUAAUAAAAGAGAUGAAUGAUAAUUUAACAGAAAAACAUUAUGCACUGAUGACGCCUGAAGUCUCCAGAUCUGAAUAUCUGGACCCCCUACAUCAAACAAUGAUAAAAUAUACAUUGAAUGAACAGGAAACCAUCGUACCAUGUAAAUGUUUACAACCUUCUAGCUUAACACUAUACUCAUCAUGUCCAAAUCAUAUGUCAUCAGCAACAUCUUAUACCCCAACCAAGCGCUAUUGUACUGAUCAUCUUCAAACAAUUCACUGUACAGAACAACAACAUCAGUGUAACUCUAAUUUAAUGAACUAUUCAAUACCACCAGGAUCAAAUCCAGAAACAAUAUUUGUAGUCAAAAAGUAAAUAGAUAUCUUCAAGGACGAGGUGAAGGCCAGACUUAUAUUUUCAAUGCUCAAAAAAGAUAACUUCAGAUUUAAUUAUUUUUUAUGUUUUUUUUCCAAUAUUUCCUUUCAGUAUAAUUUUGGUUACUAUAUUUCUCAUCCAAAUGUAUCUUUGUCGAUUAUUGGACGAUAUUUAGAAUUGUAAAAAAGUAUCAAUUACUGUUUUUGUAAUAGAAAAAGUCUAAGUUUUUGAAUUUUUUUUUAUUUGCUAAAAUUACGACGUCGGUACCUAAAACUUAAACUGUUUGAGACUUCUGUGAUUGGCACACG